GUUUAGCAAAACUGGUCUUGCAACAUUGCUGGUUACCCUGGCAGGAUGUAAAAACUUCUACGAUCUGCGAUAUACUGAUGCAAUUUUCAUCAAGAUAUAUAUGAGAAAACGUAUUGCAAUGUCUCUUCCGUGUCGAUGUUGUUGUUUUUUUAAUGUAAAAGUGGCGUGUUAUUGAGAAUGAAGCUGAAGAAGAGCAUAUUGCUUCGAGCACGCUAGCUAGAGUCGAUUUUUCUUUCGCCAACAGAUUGAACUCGUGUUGCGUGUGCUAUUGCAGUAAAGCGGGUUCGUACAAUGAUCUCGAUGUUUGGAUCGAGUGGUAGAUUAGCCGUGUCUCUGAUUUUUGUUUUUGUCAGCGUGUUUGUAUUGUGUGAAUAUGUGAUCUAUUAUGCUGUUAUUCUGCGUUGCUCAUGGCCGCAUAUUGAAGCUGAAGAUUCACAUUUACCUUUGCGGGCGUUAUUUCUCUCUGAUACGCACUUAUUAGGGGCCAUCAGAGGACACUGGCUCGACAAACUCAGAAGAGAAUGGCAGAUGGAAAGAGCGUUCCAGACAUCCCUGUGGCUUCUAAAUCCAGAAGUUGUUUUCAUUUUAGGAGACAUAUUUGAUGAGGGCAAGUGGAGCUCCAGUCAGACUACCUGGAGGAGGUGGUGUGACUUCAGUUGCACUCGAACUCUGCCACAAUUUGCAUGAAUGUGAAAGCAACAUGGACUGUCCAUUACUCAGCUAGCCAUAAUGGCACCAAAUAAAUAAAAACACAAUAAUAUUGACAAUAAUACUGCACUUCUCUUCUAUCAUGCGCCGUGUACGUUUGUGAUGAUGUUAGAUGAAGUGAAAUGUACCAGGAGUUCGAUAGAAUUAAGUUGCUUGAAAAACCAGAACCUACACUGCAGGG